GAGAACUUUAUUUUUCAGGUUGUUUUGGGAGAAUUAAGGAGCUACUUUUGAAGCUUCCACAUCCUAAUCACAAAGCAAAACCCAAAUUUUGUAUCUUUGAUCUCUGUAUCUCUGUAUCUCUGUAAUUGGCGUUUCUGAGGAGUCCUCAGCUUCAAAUUCCUUUUCUCCAACUCAAGAGCAGAUGGCCAAUGCGGGUGGCAGCAAUGAGCCUGAGUGGGUAGAGAAGGUGAAAUCAGAGGGAGCUGUGCCACUACUAGAACCAGAUAACUGCCCAAAUGGUUGGGCAUCUCCACCUGGAGAUGCCUUCAUGGUAAGAGGUCCAGAGUACUUGAAGACCAAGGUUAAAAUCCCUGGCGGUGAAUAUCUUCUAAAACCUCUUGGUUUUGACUGGAUAAAGAGUUCGUCAAAGAUUGGUGAGGUCUUAAGCCAUCCCAAUAGUCGAGUUAGAAAGGUCAUUGAAGAUGCAUUCCCAGCUGGUGAUAAGCCUUUCAUUUGGGCAUUCAAUAUACAAGCACCAAGUAAGGAUAAUUAUAGUGCUGUGGCCUAUUUCAUAGCCACAGAGCCAAUUCCAGAGGGGUCUUUGAUGGACCAGUUCUUGAAAGGUGAUGACAGCUUUAGAAAUUCAAGGCUUAAGUUGAUAGCCAAUAUUGUCAAAGGCCCUUGGAUUGUGAAAAAAGCAGUUGGAGAGCAAGCCAUAUGCAUUAUUGGACGUGCUCUUUCUUGCAAGUACUUUUUAUCAACGAAUUUUCUUGAAGUUGAUAUUGAUAUUGGGUCUUCCAUGGUAGCUAGUGCCAUAGUUCAUCUGGCAUUUGGUUACAUCACAACUCUUACUGUUGACCUAGCUUUUGUUAUUGAGGGCCAAACUGAAUCAGAACUUCCUGAGCAACUACUAGGAGCUGUAAGGUUCUCCGAACUGAACCCUGACUCAGCUAGGUUUAUUGAACCAUCAUCAGAUGGGACUAGUGGUAAUUUGCAGUCAUCACUGCCAACACGCUUAUGGAAGUCAUUUGGACUAUUCUCCCAUCUUCUUCAUCCAGGUGCUCAAGAAAACAGUUCUACCUCUGGUUCAGCCCAUGCUAAUGGAAAUGCUGGUCAUGAAGAAAGUCAUGGAGAUGUAAAGAAAUGGUAAGCUUUCAUGUUGUUACCCUUUCUUAAUGCACAUAACAUUACAUGAGUUCUUUCUCUUUGAGAAUAUUCAACAUUCUAGUUUAUGAAAUCCUCUGAAUCUUUGCAGAUCAAUCAGAUGCCAUAAUGACUUUGCACAUUGUCAGUGACAGUGAGGAAUUUUUUUAUUUGUUUCUUUUAAUUGUUAAAGUGGCAUGGUGGCUGUCAUCAAACAAUGUCGCUUAUGUUAUUGCACGACGUCACAUUUGUCUGUAGUUAUGCUAGAUUUAGCUAGCUUCUAUCUGUUUAUAGUUAAUUUACCACAUCAUUUGUUGGGAUAUUUCUUUAUCGUAUGAAUUAUGAACCAAAUUCAAAUGUUGUAUAUUCCAUUCGAUUAAAUUGGCCCCUAUUAG